AUGUGGUACGGUCAUUCUGUGUUCCUGAGGUCAGUUCCUGAAUGCGAUGACGAAUACCCUGAUGACGUUGGUGAGCCUUCAGCUGCGUGUACUGAUCCUUCAGCUUUCUCAAGAACACACGAACCACAUAUUGGUGACCAUGGCGAGCAAGAUGCCGUUCUCCCGAAGAAGAGAUCACCAGUGCAUCCGAGGACGGUGCACGGUCAGGAGAGGCCGCAUAAGUAUGUAUCAGAAAUCAUAGUGGGUGGUUUCGAUCCCCACCCGCCUUCUAUAAAAGAAAGGCCUCAGUGUGCCACGGGCUCUGUUGCUGCUCGGACGUUGACAAGAAAGGUGGUUGGUGUCGACGCCGCAUACUUUCCUGAUUGCGAUGACGAAUACCCUGAUGACGUUGGUGAGCCUUCAGCUGCGUGUACUGAUCCUUCAGCUUUCUCAAGAACACACGAACCACAUAUUGGUGACCAUGGCGAGCAAGAUGCCGUUCUCCCGAAGAAGAGAUCACCAGUGCAUCCGAGGACGGUGCACGGUCAGGAGAGGCCGUAUAAGUAUUGGGUGGUUUCGAUCCCCACCCGCCUUCUAUACCCCGAUGAGGUUGGUGAGCCUUCAGCUGCGUGUUCUGAUCCUUCUGCUUCCUCAAGAACACACGAACCACAUAUUGGUGACAAUGGCGAGCAAGAUGCCGUUCUCCUGAAGAAGAGAUCAUCAGUGCAUCCGAGGACGGUGCACGGUCAGGAGAGGCCGUAUAAGUAUGUAUCAGAAAUCAUAGUGGGUGGUUUCGAUCCCCACCCGCCUUCUAUAAAAGAAAGGCCUCAGUGUGCCACGGGCUCUGUUGCUGCUCGGACGUUGACAAGAAAGGUGGUUGGUGUCGACGCCGCAUACUCUGCGAGUACUGAUCCUUCAGCUUCCUCAAGAACACACGAACCACAUAUUGGUGACCAUGGCGAGCAAGAUGCCGUUCUCCUGAAGAAGAGAUCACCAGUGCAUCCGAGGACGGUGCACGAAAUCAUAGUGGGUGGUUUCGAUCCCCACCCGCCUUCUAUAAAAGAAAGGCCUCAGUGUGCCACGGGCUCUGUUGCUGCUCGGACGUUGACAAGAAAGGUGGUUGGUGUCGACGCCGCAUACUUUCCUGAUUGCGAUGACGAAUACCCUGAUGACGUUGGUGAGCCUUCAGCUGCGUGUACUGAUCCUUCAGCUUCCUCAAGAACACACGAAUCACAUAUUGGUGACCAUGGCGAGCAAGAUGCCGUUCUCCCGAAGAAGAGAUCACCAGUGCAUCCGAGGACGGUGCACGGUCAGGAGAGGCCGUAUAAGUAUGUAUAUUGCGAUGACGAAUACCCCGAUGAGGUUGGUGAGCCUUCAGCUGCGUGUACUGAUCCUUCUGCUUCCUCAAGAACACACGAACCACAUAUUGGUGACCAUGGCGAGCAAGAUGCCGUUCUCCCGAAGAAGAGAUCACCAGUGCAUCCGAGGACGGUGCACGGUCAGGAGAGGCCGUAUAAGCAUGUAUUGGGUGGUUUCGAUCCCCACCCGCCUUCUAUAAAAGAAAGGCCUCAGUCUGCCACGGGCUCUGUUGUCGCUCGGACGUUGACAAGAAAGGUGGUUGGUGUCGAGGCCGCAUACUCUGCGUGUACUGAUUCUUCUGCUUCUUCAAGAUCACACGAACCACAUAUUGGUGACUAUGGCGAGCAAGAUGCCGUUCUCCUGAAGAAGAGAUCACCAGUGCAUCCGAGGACGGUGCUCGGUCAGGAGAGGCCGUAUAAGCAUGUAUCUGCGUGUACUGAUUCUUCUGCUUCUUCAAGAUCACACGAACCACAUAUUGGUGACUAUGGCGAGCAAGAUGCCGUUCUCCUGAAGAAGAGAUCACUAGUGCAUCCGAGGACGGUGCACGGUCAGGAGAGGCCGUAUAAGCAUGUAUAUUGCGAUGACGAAUACCCCGAUGAUGUUGGUGAGCCUUCAGCUGCGUGUACUGAUCCUUCAGCUUCCUCAAGAACACACGAACCACAUAUUGGUGACCAUGACGAGCAAGAUGCCGUACUCCCGAAGAAGAGAUCACCAGUGCAUCCGAGGACGGUGCACGAUUGCUAUGACGAAUACCCCGAUGAGGUUGGUGAGUCUUCAGCUGCGUGUACUGAUCCUUCUGCUUCUUCAAGAGCUCACGAACCACAUAUUCGUGACUUUGGCGAGCAAGAUGCCGUUCUCCUGAAGAAGAGAUCACCAGUGCAUCCGAGGACGGUGCUCGGUCAGGAGAGGCCGUAUAAGUAUGUAUCAGAAAUCAUAGUGGGUGGUUUCGAUCCCCACCCGCCUUCUAUAAAAGAAAGGCCUCAGUGUGCCACGGGCUCUAUUGCUGCUCGGACGUUGACAAGAAAGGUGGUUGGUGUCGACGCCGCAUACUCUGCGUGUACUGAUCCUUCAGCUUCCUCAAGAACACACGAACCACAUAUUGGUGACCAUGGCGAGCAAGAUGCCGUUCUCCCGAAGAAGAGAUCACCAGUGCAUCCGAGGACGGUGCACGGUCAGGAGAGGCCGUAUAUGUAUGUAUAUUGCUAUGACGAAUACCCCGAUGAGGUUGGUGAGUCUUCAGCUGCGUGUACUGAUCCUUCUGCUUCUUCAAGAGCUCACGAACCACAUAUUCGUGACUUUGGCGAGCAAGAUGCCGUUCUCCUGAAGAAGAGAUCACCAGUGCAUCCGAGGACGGUGCUCGGUCAGGAGAGGCCGUAUAAGUAUGUAUCAGAAAUCAUAGUGGGUGGUUUCGAUCCCCACCCGCCUUCUAUAAAAGAAAGGCCUCAGUGUGCCACGGGCUCUGUUGCUGCUCGGACGUUGACAAGAAAGGUGGUUGGUGUCGACGCCGCAUACUGUGAGUACAUUUUGUGUAAUUUUAUUCGGUGA